AUUUGAAAGCAUAUUCUAUAUAAUUGAACACAUAGGAUAACAGGAUCUAGAGCUGUAAGUGAUCUUAGGCCAAAUACCCAUUUUACAGACACCAACCAGAGGUUUCUGCUUAAGUGACUUGUCUGCUAUGCUGCCUCCUUGUUCUAUAUCUAUAUGUAUGCAUGUAAAGAAAAUGUCUAUUUUCCAGAUGGAACAUUGGUAUUUCUGGUAAGAAAAUUAAUGCAUGUGGAAAAACUCAAAACAUUGUUUACUUAAGACUAUUCACAUUUUCCCUCUUUUAAAUAAACCAGCCCCUUCAAUUUGCACUCUAGAUCAUAGGUUUUAAAGCCGAAAGGGGCUGGAAAUACUUAAUUUAAGGGGGAGAAAAAGUAGAAAUAAACCUUUAUAUGGUGCCUAUUACAUGCCAGGCACUCAGCUAAAGUGCAUUUAUACUUUAGAAAACUUAGCAAAAAAUUCCAGUCAGAUUGUAUGAUUAAGUUACAUUAAGUAGAAUCUGAACAGCAAACUUUAUUGUUAUUUACUUACUAAAGUGUACAGUGCUAAUCAUUCCACACAGCUUGUGCUUACUCAACUUUACAAUUAAGUAAUUUAUCCAUAACAUUUCCAUCUACUCUAGGAUUUCUUUAAGGUAAACAUGAUCCUCUCUGUUGCUUCUGACAUUAAAACAUGUAACCUUUCAAUUUUCAUAACUCUCAUGACGUUACACGACUGCAUACAUAGCUCACACACAUUUAUGUAUGAAGUGUUUUCAUGUUACACUAUUCAGAAUAUUUUGUGAUUAAAAGAAAUACUUUUGCUUACAAGGAGAUAAGGCAACAAACUUAAAUUUUCAUUAGAAAAUCAAGAUGAAUUCUACAACUUUUCGCAAAGUUAAAGGCGGCAUAAAAAGGUCAUAACUGAUCCAACAAGGCGUGUCUUUUUCAGUUUUACUCCAUUCAAACUCGAAAUAUAUUUACUUAGUAUAAACUUUAGUAGCACGAUUCUACAUGGUCAUCUUUUCACUCCUCUAAAGAACUCAGGUAUUUUUUCUAACCGCCCCCUCCCUCCCCCCGGACCUGUGGCCUUUUUGGAUCCAGAGACUUCAAGUUAACUAUAUCAGAUACAUUUCUCCCCAAAGUCCCCACCAAACAUUAACCAGCGUUUAGGAAAGUUGAGGAGGGCGAAAGAGAGAACUAACUAUCGCAGUCUUCUUCUAAGGGCCCCAAGCAUGUUUCCCUUCGAGUUUUUUUUUCUCGUUUUUCUAUUUGGUCUUUCCCAAUUGUGAUGUCGCCUUAAAGGGAUGAGUCCCUUAAAGGGAGGGGGGAGAAGGGCUCUAGAGCCCUGGGCCCCGGCCCGGGCACUGCGGGUCCACUUCCUUGAUGCCUGCUUCCCAACCUCUACAAACUGUUGCUCCUCCUCAAAAGUUGGCAUUGGGGUCGAGGGCGGGCCAUCUCCCCGGAGAUCCCGCUUCUCCGAAGGAUCCCCCCCAUCCCUAGGCCAGGCCCCGGGGGCAGGGGGGGGGGCGCUUCAGAGCCGGCGUUUCCCGAUCCCCGGAGCCCCGAGCCGAGGGCAGCGGGAGGUGGCGACGAGGGGCGGGGUGUUUUCAACUAAAUCUGCUCCCUCACCCCCCGCGCGCACCGGGGCUUGUCCAGGGGAGCACGGCGAAGAGGCCCGGCCUGAUCCGCGGGCACUGGGCCUGGCCGCGGCUCGGCUCUCGCUCCCUCCCGCAGCGGGCCCGGACGCUCGGCGCCCCGAAGGCGGGGAAAACUGGGGCGGGGGGGGUUCGGCAGGGUCUCUCACCUCGAGCUCCUCCGGGAACAGGGACGGGCUGGGUGGCCCAGGGAGGGGAGAGGCUUCCUCCUCCUCCGCCGCCGCGGCAGCCGCUUGCCCGCCGCCUCCGCCUCCUCUCCGAUUCACUCAAACAAACAAGAUGGCGGCGGCUAUGGCCGCGGCUCUUCCUGCCGCCCAAACCCUCCGUUCAAAUCGGCAGGAUGUUUACGGUCAAAAUGUUCCCCGGGCGCCUGCGCCGCCAGCCGAAGCCUACGCAGGCAACUGCGCAGGCGCGUGCUCUCUUUCCUCUUAG